CUCAUCUCGAGCAACUGUGGAGCCAGGCGGCUCAUCAGCGCUGCGCGGUCGCCAUGUGGCUUCGCAGAUACACUGCGAUCUGUUCGACAGCGUUGUAUCGCACAGUGACUGAUUCUCCCUGAGUUCGGCGGUACCGUGUUUGUCUCAACCAGACCGCCUCUGUCGCCCAUCGAUCUCUCGUCUUGCGCCCACUGGCAACCACCCUCGUCCUCACAGCCGCUCCCACUUUCACAAUUCCACGUUCACAAUGGCGAGACUUCAUCCCAUGCUCGUUGCCUGUGGAUCGGCGCUCAUCAUCGACUGCUGCUCCAACAUCAUCGCCCAGCGACUCAAGGCGUGGAGCGAUGAGAGGCCUUUCGUCUUCGAUCGCGUGCUCUUCUUCCAGUUUGCUUUCAUGGUUGUGCUUACUGCACCUGUGAACUACCACUGGCAGCACUGGCUGGAGCGCACCUUCCCUGGCUGGACGACCGUGAAGCGCACAAGACACGCCACGACCGAAGACGGCGAUGCUGCGGAGAAGGCUAUGUUCUUGAACGAGGACGGUGAAGAUAAGCGCAUGGUGGAGGAGGAAGUUCUGAAGCGCAAUUGGCUCAAUAUCUUCAAGAAGUGGUUCACAGAUUGCAUAACUAUGGGCGCGCUCUUGAAUCAGACCAUGUUCCUGAUCUUGAUAGGUCUUCUGAAAGGCAAGACCAGCGCUCAAAUCGCGCAAAGCUUCCAUGAUGAGCUUCUCAAGCUCAUCUGGGACUCAUACAAAGUCUGGCCAGUCGCAAACUUCUUCAGCACUACAUACUGCCCUGUCGAGCGGCGUAUGAUCUUCCUCAGCUUCUGUGGUCUGGUAUGGAAUAUUUAUCUAUCUCUAGUUGCAGCGCGGCUUUGACCUCACGGUGACCGUGAUGAAGACCAAUACGAUCUGUUCAUCUACCCUCACUAGACUUCCACACCUCGAGCACUGCGCCCCAAUACUUCUGUUCGUCCUCUCUGACGUGCCCACAAUGUGCACUCUUCUCAAACCGGACCAUGGUGAGAUUCC